GCUCUUUUGGCAUCCUGGAUUCGUCAUAUGAUUGUGAAUUGAAGUUUCUGUUUUGCAAGAAGAGUGACUUUGGGAAUUGUUUAUGUGCAUCCCGAAGUUUACCAUCAGGUUGCUGAUUUCAGCUAUUCUAAGCAUUGCGGAAGCAACUGGAUAUGUCUUCAGAUGAAAAUAGUGAUUUCAGUGAAUCUGAGCUUGAAGAUCGAGUUCAGAAAUCAUACGCACAACUGAAAGAAGGAGGAAUUUUCCGAAGGAAUGCAGAUGGGACAUUCAAGUGCCCUUUUUGUCUGGGGAAGAAAAAGCAGGACUAUCGAUAUAAAGAUAUUCUCCAACAUGCGAAUGGAGUGGCAAAUUCACCUAAGAGUUUGGAAAAGGCUGCCAAACAUCGUGCACUAGAGAUGAUUUUGAUGGAGGAUGCGGAACAGCUGAAGCCUUCCGGGCCACCCAUGAUUGAUUCUAGACCUCCCAAGCGUGUAAGACUAGAACGUAAGGAAGAAAGAUUUGUAUGGCCUUGGAUGGCUAUUGUUGCUAAUAUACCAACUGCGUUGGAGAAUGGGGCUUAUGUUACUAAUGGAAAGCUAAAGGCACAGUUUUCUGAAUUCAGCCCAGCAAAAGUAACCCUUAUGUGGGAUGCACUGGGCUUUCGAGGAAUGGCGGUUGUUGAAUUUGAGAAGAAUUGGACAGGUUUCUACUGUGCAAUAUCAUUUGAGAAGUCAUUUGAGCUGAGGUGCCAUGGUAAAACUCAGUGGAUUGAGUCAAAAAAGUGUGAUUCAAGUAUGUAUGCAUGGCUAGCGCGGGAAGAUGACUAUCACAAUUCUGAUGAUUAUGUAAAGAUGCAACUUCAUCAUGGUGAUCUAAAGACUAUUAGUGAGCUCCAAGAGGAGGAAGAACGAAAGAAGAACACUCUAGUAGACGACCUCACACUUAGAAUCGAUGAAAAGAAUAAGGACUUGCAGUCUUCGGGUGAACAGCUGAUGGAAAUGACUUACUCAUUGAAUCAGUUUAAGUCUGCACUUGAAAGGAAAGACAGUGAGAUGGCACGACUGCUUGAAGUCAACGUGGGAAUUGUAGGUUCUGCCUUGGGUUUUUGCAUAUUUGUCAUGGUAGAUGUGGGUGUCAUAGAUGAAAAUGAUGAAAAGUUAAGGCGCUUAAGAAUUGAGUGGGGUGAAGGCCCCCACGAAGCUGUAGUGACUGCCAUGAAGCAGUUAAAUGAAUAUAAUCCCAGUGGACGGUAUGUAAUCGAGGAAAUGUGGAAUCACAAGGAAAACAGAAAGGCAACCUUAAAAGAAGUUAUUGGCUAUCUUGUAAAGACUUACAAGACACGCACCCGCAGGAUUUAGGAGUGCUCAUGGUUGAUACUUUUGAUUCUCCAUCCUGUGUUCUUUCUGGUGUCGCCUCCGAAGCUGAAAGGUUGUUUUGCAAACCUGAUGCUGUGAAUGUUUCCACUGGUAGCCGUGAAAGAUUUGAUGGAUCAACAUUGUGAGAACCAGUUAUCUUUGAAUUCCUUGUACAUUGUCUGACAUUAUCAGAUACUGAAACUUGGGUUCUAAUUACCUUGUACAUAUCACUUGCUCACAUUUCUUCCAAGUGUUGGCUUAAUUCGAGAAGUUUCUUGCUCAAGCGUC